CGACCCCGGCACGACCGGCCCGGCCCCGGCGCCCUUUGCCCCGCGACAUGGCCAGUCCCAGGACGAGGAAGGUCCUGAAGGAGGUCAGGGUGCAGGAUGAGAACAACGUGUGCUUUGAGUGUGGCUCAUUCAGCCCCCAGUGGGUGAGCGUGACCUACGGCAUCUGGAUCUGCCUGGAGUGCUCGGGCAAGCACCGCGGCCUGGGCGUGCACCUCAGCUUUGUGCGCUCGGUGACCAUGGACAAGUGGAAAGACCUGGAGCUGGAGAAGAUGAAGGCCGGCGGGAAUGCCAGAUUCCGAGAGUUCCUGGAGUCCCAGGAGGACUACGACCCCUGCUGGUCGCUGCAGGAGAAGUACAACAGCAAGGCCGCAGCGCUCUUCAGGGACCGCGUGGCUACACUGGCUGAAGGCAAAGAGUGGUCCCUGGAGUCAUCGCCUGCCCAGUCCUGGACCCCUCCACAGCCCAAGACACCACUGCCGUCUGCCCACCGAGCGGCUAGCCAGCCCCAGAGUGUGACCGCCUCCUCUGACAAGGCCUUUGAGGACUGGCUGAACGAUGACCUGGGAGCCUACCAGGGGGCCCAGGAGAACCGCUACGUGGGCUUCGGGAAUACUGCGGCACCCCCCCGGAGGGAUGAGGACUUCCUCAACCAUGCCAUGUCGUCCCUGUGCUCGGGCUGGAGCAGUUUCACCACUGGAGCGAGCAGGUUCGCCUCUGCGGCCAAGGAGGGCGCCACGAAGUUUGGAUCGCAGGCCAGUCAGAAGUUUUGGGGCUCCAAGCAGCAGCCAGAGCCGGCCUCCGAGCUGGGCCACAGCCUGAACGAGCAUGUACUCAAGCCGGCUCACGAGAAGGUGAAGGAGGGGAGGAUUCUGGACGACAUGUCCAGCGGGGUGUCUCAGCUCGCAUCCAAGGUCCAGGGUGUGGGCACUAAGGGCUGGCGAGACAUGACAACCUUCUUCUCUGGAAAAGCCGAGGAGCCUGGCGACAGACCCCCGGAGGGCAGCAGCUACCAGAACAGCAGCGGGGACCAUGGGCAGGGCGGCGCUGUCAGCCAGAGCUUCUGGGAGACCUUCGGCAGCGCCGAGGCCCCACGAGCCCGCCAGUCCCCAAGCAGCAGCAGCUGGACGUGUGCCGACAAUUCGACGGAGCACCGGAGCUCGGACAGCUGGGACGUGUGGGGCUCGGGCACCGGCUCCAACCACAGGGACAGCAACAGUGACGGCUGGGAGCACUGGGAGGGCGCUGCCGGGGAGGGCCGGGCCAGGGCCAUCCACAAGCCAGCGCCGCCCCCUGCGCCCACUGAUGAGGGCUGGGACAAUCAGGACUGGUAGCUGCCCCGCUCUCUGCCCUCUGCCCUAGUGCUGCCCCCCCUCCAAGUCCUGAGACAUCACCC